GGAGAAAGCAAAAUUAUAUGUAUAUUCCCAACGAAAUGUCCCAUCAUAACCUCCGUUUCUUCUUACCUGGCUCAGCCCACUUCAAAACAAUGCCAUAACUGUCAUAACUGUUUUUAUGAAAAGUUGACAAAGUACUGUUGUCAAACAAGCUGAAGAAUCAAUAUAAUUUGCCUAGGUAUGUACAUCUGUAUAUAUAUCCAGUACGGAGUACUCCGUACACAGCAGAGAGACAAAAAAAUAAUUCGUAUAUUAAAUUCUUGGCGCCGAGUAUUCUGGAAUUAGCACUGGUCAUGUGACUCCUGGGGCUCUUUAGCGCCAGUCUGACAUCACCGGAUCGACAUUCGACAUCAUUAUUCCAUUCUCGAUGUUUUAAUUCAGCGUCCAUCGCACAUCGAAUCACACCAUUUCCUUUUAUCCCUCGAAACAUACACCCUGUAAUCUACCUCCUGCUUUGACGAACAACCCUACCAUGGCAGCAAACACAAGGUAUUCUCCUGCACCGCAGCGGGACUCGCUGGAUGAGCGCCAAUAUACCCAAGCCCCCCCAUCAUACCAGGCUACAUCCGAUCCAACGUCUGGGCUGCUCGACGGGGCUCGCUCUGAAGAUGAUAACGUCCCGGACGAUUUCAAGUUUGGCGGCUCUGUUGCGGAAGCUACGCUUCCUAUCCGGAUGCAGUUCAUCCGCAAGGUCUACUUUAUCUUAACCGUCCAGCUCCUUUGCACGACAAUUCUCAGCUCCGUCUCCUUCUUCAGCGACAGUUACCGCACCUGGAUCCAGUCACAUUCCUGGCUAAUGCUCGUCUCAGUCGUCAGCGCCCUGGUCUUCAUGGGCCUCACCUACUGGAAGCGCAAAAGCUACCCAACCAACCUCAUCUUCCUCAGCGGCUUCACCCUCCUUGAAGCCUACGCCAUCAGCGUGGUGACCUCCUUCUACGAUGCCCGCAUCGUCAUCCAGGCCCUCAUCCUGACACUGGGCAUCUUCGUCGCCCUGACACUCUUCGCCUGCCAGACCAAGUAUGACUUCACAAGCUGGAUACCAUACCUCUUCGGCGGGCUCUGGUUCCUGAUCCUGUUCGGCUUCAUGGCCGCCUUCAUGGGCCCGAGCAAAAAAGUUGAGUUGGUGUAUGGUGGGCUGGCAGCGUUGAUUUUCAGCGCCUAUAUCCUGGUGGAUACCCAGCUAAUUAUGCGCCACUACCAUGUUGAGGAGGAGAUUGCUGCUGCCAUCUCCCUCUAUCUUGACAUCAUCAACUUGUUCCUCGCCAUCCUGCGGAUCCUGAAUAGCCAGAGCAAUGACUGAACUCAGAUGCUCUUGUAGGAUCUGCGAAGGCGAAUUGUUUCAUGGGGUGAAACGAAUGGCAUCUAAGUGUUUUCACCUCACUAUUCGGGAUCGGAACGGGAAGUUAUAAUGAACCUGACUAAGUUGGCUAAGUCUCUGCUGAGCGAGGUACUGUGUACGAUUUUCAUUUUCAUUCUUAUUUUUUUCCUUUUUCUAUGGUUGUGCCUUAUAUUCUUCCGUCCCUCCUUCCCCUUAGCUCUACCGUUGUUAUUCAAGUCAUCUUAAUCUUGUGGAAGAAAACUAUCUCCAUUUCCGUCUUUACGCGUUUUGUUCUAUCAUAACUCUCGCUUUUCCUCUUUCUCCCUCCCCCCGCCCUUCCUUUUUUUUUUUUCUUUUUUGAAUCUCCACAUAAAUUUUGUAUACUGUUAAGCACGGUUUUUUUGUUGGUUCUAAUAGCUCCAAUUUCCUUUGUGUGUAUUUAAAACAUAUCUAUUACUCAAUACAAACUGCAGUAGUCCUCAGCAA